AUGACGCCGACCGGUGGGGAAGUGGACUUUUUCCUUGACUCACCCUUUCGGCUGCAGAAGCUUAUGUUAGUAGCGCCCCCCUCCCGGACCAUGGACCUCCUCACCGCUUGGAUACACCGCCUAUGGACGUGUCUGUGCCUCUUCUUCAACCAGCGACAACUCAAAAUCGCUAUCGUAGGCUUGCAAAAUAGCGGCAAGACCACUUUGGCUGCACUCCUCACAGGGCACCCGUUUCGCGCGGACACAAUCCCUACACUCGGCAUAGAUGUAAGGCAUGCAACGAUCGGCCAGACGCUGCUCCAGGUCUAUGACCUGGCAGGCCAGGCACGGCACCGCUUCCUGUGGGACCGCUGCCUGGACACUACGGACCUGGUCGUCUAUGUCCUGGACUUGAGCGACGACACCGCGUGGGAGGCCGCCAAGCACGCGCUCCAAAGCGUGCUGGUCGCCACCAACGCGCGCCGCACGCCCGUGCUCAUCAUCGGCAACAAGGCCGACCUCGUCGCGCCGCCGCCCAUACUGCCGCCCGAUGACGCCUCGCCCGCACCGCCGGGCCCGUCCCAGCAGAGCCACCGCAGCGCCAGCGUCUCCUCCAAUGCCCGCCCGUUCGACAUCAGCCCCUACCAUUGGCGCUUCAUGACGCCGCUGUUGAGCCACUACGAUUACGACGACAUCCCAACCUACGUCAUCGACACGUCCAAUCAUCAUCUGUUGCUCGACCUUCAGGUUCUGUCGCGCGAGCUGGGCCUGGAUCUGCGGAAUGGCAUCCUGCAUCUCACAAAUGAAACUGUCCUGGCCAUGGACCGCGAUAUAGGCCUUUUUACGGUUAGCUGCCGAGACGGCACAGGCAUAUCCGACGUGAUCGAGUGGCUGAUGCAGCUAUGA